CCCCUCCCCGCGCGAGUGUCUCCCUCUCGCUCCCUCUCUCCCUCUCUCUCCCUCUCUCUCUCUCUCUCUCUUUUGUGAGUUAUAGCAACCGUUGCCUUGUGAAUCAAGCGCCAUAGUCACCGUAGUCCUGGCGACUGUUACCCAUCAACAACAACUACUCCUCUCCUCCUCCUCCUCCUCCUCUUCCUCCUCCUCCUCCUCCUCCUCCCCACCACCAUCUCCAUCACCCACCAACAACACCACAAUAAUCCACAGCCAAGAGAUUUUUAUCAGAGGGAUGUAGACUGGAAUCUGCAAUGGUUCUCACAAUCUCAGAGUGAGAUCACCAUGCAGACAUCAGAGACCGGGUCAGACACAGGUUCGACAGUGACUUUGCAGACAUCUGUGGCUAGUCAAGCAGCAGUGCCUACUCAAGUGGUACAGCAAGUGCCGGUGCAGCAGCAGGUCCAGCAGGUCCAGACUGUUCAGCAGGUUCAGCAUGUCUAUCCAGCUCAGGUGCAGUAUGUGGAAGGAAGUGAUACUGUCUAUACCAAUGGAGCAAUCCGAACAACAACUUAUCCUUACACAGAAACACAGAUGUACAGCCAAAACACCGGAGGAAAUUACUUUGACACUCAAGGAAGCUCUGCACAGGUGACGACCGUAGUCUCCUCCCACAGCAUGGUGGGCACUGGUGGUAUUCAGAUGGGCGUCACAGGAGGGCAACUCAUCAGCAGCUCUGGAGGAACUUAUCUGAUUGGCAACUCAAUGGAGAAUUCUGGUCAUGCAGUGACACAUACAACUCGGGCCUCCCCAGCGACAAUUGAAAUGGCGAUUGAGACGCUGCAAAAGUCUGACGGUCUGUCCACUCACAGAAGCUCUCUUCUCAACAGCCAUCUCCAGUGGCUGUUGGACAAUUAUGAGACAGCAGAAGGAGUGAGCCUUCCAAGAAGCACUCUGUAUAACCACUACCUUCGCCACUGUCAGGAACAUAAACUGGACCCAGUCAAUGCUGCUUCUUUUGGAAAACUAAUAAGGUCAAUUUUUAUGGGGCUACGUACCAGGAGAUUGGGCACUAGAGGAAACUCCAAGUACCAUUACUAUGGGAUUCGUGUGAAACCAGAUUCCCCUCUUAAUCGUCUGCAAGAAGAUAUGCAGUAUAUGGCUAUGAGACAACAGCCUAUGCAGCAGAAGCAAAGGUACAAGCCCAUGCAGAAAGUGGAUGGGGUUGCAGAUGGUUUCACAGGAAGUGGUCAACAGACAGGCACAUCUGUUGAACAAACUGUAAUUGCCCAAAGUCAACAUCAUCAACAGUUUUUAGAUGCAUCUCGAGCACUUCCAGAGUUUGGAGAAGUUGAAAUCUCUUCUCUGCCAGAUGGUACUACCUUUGAGGAUAUCAAGUCACUACAGAGUCUUUAUCGAGAGCACUGUGAGGCAAUAUUGGAUGUUGUUGUGAAUCUUCAAUUUAGCUUGAUAGAAAAAUUGUGGCAAACAUUCUGGCGCUACUCUCCCUCUACUCCAAAUGACGGCACUACCAUUACUGAAUCAAGCAAUCUGAGUGAAAUAGAAAGUCGACUUCCGAAAGCAAAGCUGAUAACUCUGUGCAAACAUGAGUCUAUCCUGAAAUGGAUGUGUAACUGUGACCAUGGGAUGUACCAGGCUCUGGUGGAGAUUCUCAUCCCCGACGUCCUUAGACCCAUUCCUAGUGCCUUGACCCAAGCCAUUCGAAAUUUUGCAAAAAGCCUUGAAGGUUGGCUUUCUAAUGCCAUGAACAAUAUUCCACAGAGAAUGAUACAAACCAAGGUUGCCGCUGUAAGUGCCUUUGCCCAGACUCUGCGACGAUACACGUCACUCAAUCAUCUGGCCCAGGCAGCUCGCGCAGUGCUUCAGAACACUUCCCAGAUCAACCAGAUGCUCAAUGACCUCAACCGUGUUGACUUUGCCAAUGUCCAGGAGCAGGCUUCCUGGGUGUGCCAGUGUGAUGACAACAUGGUUCAGAGAUUAGAAACAGACUUCAAGAUGACCCUUCAGCAGCAGAGCACGCUGGAGCAGUGGGCUGCAUGGCUGGACAAUGUGAUGAUGCAAGCACUGAAGCCCUAUGAAGGAAGACCCAGUUUCCCUAAAGCCGCCAGGCAGUUUCUGUUAAAAUGGUCUUUCUACAGCUCAAUGGUCAUCCGGGACCUAACCUUACGCAGUGCUGCUAGCUUUGGCUCCUUCCAUCUGAUCCGGCUGCUCUAUGAUGAGUACAUGUUCUACUUGGUGGAGCAUCGUGUUGCUCAGGCAACAGGAGAGACACCCAUUGCAGUAAUGGGUGAGUUCUUUCUCAGUGAAUUUCACCAUGAUCCCGAGUCUUCUCAUUCUCAAGUCUCUUAUAAUUCAUUUGGUGAUUUAAAUGCUGUGUCUCCAGGAAAUCUGGAUAAAGAUGAAGGCAGUGAAGUGGAAAGUGAGAUGGAUGAAGAGCUGGAUGACUCCUCGGAGCCUCAAGCCAAAAGAGAGAAAACUGAGCUGAGCCAGGCGUUCCCCGUGGGCUGCAUGCAGCCUGUUCUAGAGAGCAGCGUGCAGCCAAGCCUCCUGAGCCCCAUCCACAGUGAGCACAUCGUCCCCAGUACUCAGACUAUCAGGCAGUGCAGCGCCACAGGAAACACCUACACUGCAGUCUAGCUACAUUAAAGCUUAUUUUUCCAGCUUACGUUAACCCUGUUGAUAUUGGGCUUACGUUGAAUUUCUAACAAGCCUGAAGGUCGACUGUUUUCAAAUUCUAUCUGUAAUGAACAUUACCUUUUUGGAGUUGUGAAAUGGAAUGGGUGUAUGUAUUUUUCCAGGUGUUUUUUUUU